AUGAUAAUGUCACUUGUAUGUACGAUUUUCUUGUUUCUCUUAAACGUUUCCUCUGCGUAUGCGUUUCCCAAACCUCCAAACGCAAGACAACAACUAUCAACAACACCAAAUUCAACAGCUUCUUGCUCAGCAACUGGAAAUCCAAUCGACGAUUGCUGGAGAUGCGACGAGAAUUGGAAGAACAACCGCAGAAACCUUGCGGAUUGCGCGGUUGGAUUCGGACGCGACGCAGUAGGCGGUAGGGCCGGCGAUUUCUACACCGUAACCGAUUCAGGAGACGACAAUCCUCUAAACCCUGCUCCAGGUACACUACGUCACGCCGCAACACAAGACCAACCUCUAUGGAUCAUAUUCGAUCGUGACAUGGUAAUAAGACUAAAACAAGAUCUUCAAGUGACCUCUUACAAAACAAUAGAUGGUAGAGGAAAUAACGUGCAAAUAGCUUAUGGACCGUGUCUAACGUUAUAUAAAGUAAGUAAUGUAAUUAUAAACAAUCUUUAUAUCCACGACUGUGUUCCGGCGAAACGGAACGGAUUAUCGUCGUUGGGAGGAUAUUCCGAUGGAGAUGGGAUAUCGAUAUUCGAGUCACGAAAUAUUUGGAUAGAUCAUUGUACGUUAGAGAAAUGUUACGAUGGGCUUAUUGAUGCGGUGAAUGGAUCGACGGAUAUAACGAUAUCGAAUAAUUACAUGUUGAAUCAUAAUGAAGUCAUGCUUUUGGGUCAUAGUGAUGAGUUUUCUGGUGAUCGGGAUAUGAGAGUUACCAUCGCUUUUAACUAUUUUGGUCAAGGACUUGUCCAGAGAAUGCCGAGGUGCAGGCAUGGAUAUUUUCACAUAGUGAAUAACAUUUAUAGAGAAUGGAAAAUGUAUGCUAUUGGCGGAAGUGCUAAUCCAACCAUCUUAAGUCAAGGGAAUGUUUUCAUUGCUUCGGAUAGUCAGUUCACAAAGGAGCCGCCUAAUAUCCGUCUAGGCCGCGUAAUCGUCCGCCUAGACCGCAUAACCGUCCGCCUAAACCACAUAAACAUCCGCAUUUUCAAUAAACGCAUAAAUCACCGAAUAGCCUAA